AAUCCAAUAGCCGUCAAGCAAGCUUUAAAGGUGUGUUCUUCUUUGCGGUCGCUCUUCGUCAAGCUUGGAGACUUUGAUAAUCUCUAUCUCUGUAUUUUGAUUCUAUUCAACAAUUAUGGGGAAGAAGGAUGAACCUGUGAUUGAAGAUACCAAUGAAGACGAACAAGAGGAAAACCCUAAGCCCAAGCACAAAGGAAAGCACGAUAAGGAUAAGCCAUGGGACGAUCCCAGUAUCGACCAUUGGAAAGUUGAGAAGUUUGAUCCGUCUUGGAACCCAGAUGGCAUGUUAGAAGUUAGUUCUUUCUCCACUCUAUUCCCUCAGUAUAAAGAGAAAUACUUGCAAGAAGCAUGGCCUAUAGUGAAAAAUGCUUUGAAAGAACAUGGGUUAUCUUGUGAGCUAAAUUUGGUUGAAGGAUCCAUGAGUGUUUCCACAACUAGGAAGACACGAGACCCAUAUAUAAUUAUCAAAGCUAGAGACUUGAUUAAGCUUCUUGCUAGAAGUGUACCUGCUCCCCAGGCACUGAAGAUACUUAAUGACGAAAUGCAAUGUUCAAUUGUUAAGAUUGGCAGUCUCGUUCGGAAUAAGGAGAAAUUUGUUAAACGAAGACAAAAUCUUAUAGGACCAAAUUCAGCCACUUUGAGGGCACUUGAAAUAUUGACAGGUUGUUACAUUCUAGUUCAGGGAAAUACAGUUGCUGCAAUGGGCUCUUUCAAAGGCUUGAAACAAAUUAUCAGGAUUGUAGAAGAUUGCAUAUUGAACAAAAUGCAUCCGGUUUACCAUGUUAAGACUCUUAUGCUGAAGAGAGAUCUUGCCAAAGAUCCUGCUCUUGCAAAUGAAAAUUGGGAAAGGUUCCUGCCCAAGUUUAAUAAGAAGAACGUUAAGCAAAAGAAGCCAAAGUCAAAGGAGAAGAAACCUUACACUCCUUUCCCUCCUCCUCAACCACCUAGCAAGAUUGAUCUGCAAUUGGAGAGUGGAGAAUACUUUCUAAGUGAAGAAAGCAAGUCCUCAAAGAAGUGGCAAGAAAAGGUUGAGAAACAGUCGGAAAAAACAAUCGAAAGGAAAAGAAAGCGAGAGGAAGCAUUUAUUCCUCCAAAGGAAAUUGCAAAAGAGAAUUCUAGUGGUGGUGGUGAUAAAGCUAAAGCUAAAGAGGAUGUCUCUGAAAUGACCAUGUCUAUAAAGGAAAAAACAAAGAAAUUAAAGAAACUGAAAUCCAGUGAAGGCAUUGAUGCUGAAGACUACAUUGCUGUUGCCUCUGGAGAGCCUUCUUCGAAGAAAAAGAAGAAGAAAAGCGAAAGGAGUUCUUAGUUUAGAAGGCUAAUUUUUCUAUUCUUAAAAGGAAACAAGACAGUUCAGUAAGAAACUGCUUUUUCUUUACUACUGUGAAGUUGUAUUGAUUAAGUCAGACAAGUUAAUGUCCUUAAUUAAAAGGAUUAGCAAUUUGCAAUUUUGAAUGUUGUUUUAUUGUGGAAGAGAAAGAGAAGUUGGUAAUGAACUAUCUAUUUGUUGUUU